AUGAACAGAUUUACUACCGUCCCCAAGGUCCCCGCCGAAAAGUCUGAGUCCUUGACGUCGCCCACUUCUCCCAAGGUCCUCACAAUCCCACCUACGAGCGAAAAGAGACUUCCACACACAGCAUCAUGCCGCAGCACCUCCUCCUCUAUUGUCAGAGCCAGCGCAUUAGCCGCUGUCAUCGUCUCCGUUAUUAUCAUCCUCGUUUCAGAUCUUGACAGUCCCUUCCGGCCGAUUUCGAAAUACUACCUCAUCCAUCUCUCUCUCUCUGUGCCGACGCAGUCUAUAUUGAAUCCUACGGACUACCCGGAACCACUCUUUGUCUGA